AUGGUCACUGUGCGGGGGCCAGGAGCCAGUGCUACCUACGACAUCGUGAAAGUGGUGGUGUUUGCAGCAAGGGUCAUAAUGGGAUUAGAACUUGGAACUGAAUGGGUUUUGUUGAAAGCAUUGGCUGAGAAAACCGAGGUGCUCAGUGAAGACCUGUUGCAGAUCGAGAGACGUCUUGACACUGUGAGAUCUGUUUGCCAUAUUACACAGAAGCGAUUAAUUGCAUGUUUUCAGGGCCAGCAUGGUACAGAUCCGGAUAAGAGACAUAAGAAACUUCCUCUAACAGCUCUUGCUCAAAAUAUGCAAGAAGGAUCUGUCCAGCUAAGUGAUGAAACUCUGUUGGGGAAAAUGCUAGAUACGUGUGGUGAUGCAGAGAAUAAACUGGCAAUGGAGCUCUCUCAGCAUGAAGUACAGAUCGAAAGAGAAGUUUUAGAUCCACUGUGUCUGCUAACAGAGACAGAGAUCCCGAACAUUCAGAAGCAGAGGAAGCAGCUUGCGAAGCUGGUGUUGGACUGGGAUUCUGCAAGAGGAAGAUAUAACCAAGCCCACAAGACUUCAGGAACAAAUUUUCAAGUGCAUCCUUCGAAAAUAGAAUCUCUUAAGGAAGAGAUGGAUGAAGCUGGAAACAAAGUAGAACAAUGCAAGGAUCAACUAGCAGCAGACAUGUAUAACUUUGUGUCUAAAGAAGGGGAAUACGCUAGAUGUUUUGUUAUGUUAUUAGAAGCACAAGCAGAUUACCAUAGAAAAGCAUUAGCAGUCAUAGAAAAGGUCCUACCCGAAAUUCAAGCCCAUCAAGACAAAUGGACUGAAAAGCCAGCUUUUGGAACUCCAUUAGAAGAGCAUCUCAAGCGCAGUGGUCGUGAAAUUGCAGUCCCUAUUGAAGCCUGUGUAAUGAUGCUUUUGGAAACGGGAAUGAGAGAGGAGGGCUUAUUCAGAAUUGCUGCUGGAGCCUCAAAGUUAAAAAAGCUGAAAGCUGCCUUGGACUGUUCAGCUUCCCAACUUGAUGAAUUUUAUUCUGAUCCCCAUGCUGUUGCAGGUGCCUUGAAAUCCUAUUUGCGAGAGUUGCCAGAACCUUUAAUGACCUACAGUCUAUAUGAAGAAUGGACGCAAGCUGCAAAUAUUCAGGACCAGGAUAAGAAGCUACAAGAGUUAUGGAGAAUUUGUAACAGAUUACCUAAGCAUUAUCAUGCUAAUUUCAGGUAUUUAAUCAAAUUUUUAGCAAAGCUUGCACAGAACAGCGAUGUUAACAAAAUGACACCCAGCAAUGUUGCAAUAGUCUUGGGCCCCAAUUUGCUAUGGGCAAAGAAUGAAGGAUCCCUUGCUGAAAUGGCAGCAGCAACUUCAGUCCAUGUGGUAGCAGUUAUUGAGCCAAUUAUUCAGCAUGCAGACUGGUUCUUCCCUGGAGAUCAAGAUUUCAAUGUGUCUGGGGCAUUUGUUGCAGUUCCUGCUGUUAAUUCAAAUCACUUGUCACACACUGGGAAUGAAUAUGAAUCUGGGACACUGGAGCGGAAGAGGCCUGUUAGUAUGACUGUAAUGGAAGGGGAUUUAUUGAAGAAGGACAGCUUUGGUGUCAAGGUUAUGGACUUCCAAGCGAAUCCUCGGAGAUGUGGCACUAUAAAUAGAAAGCACACAUCCCCAGCUUUCCAGCCACCCCUUCCACCCACGGAGGUUGGUGUGCUGGCUCAGUCUGGGGUGGAGCAGCACUCACAAGCUUCUGUGGCUGAAACAAGCCCAGUGGGUGCUGGUUUUGCUCUCUCUGCUGGCACAGCAGAACAGUUACAAAGUCAAGGAAAUGAGGAUGUCAGUACCUCAAAAUCUAAGGACAACACAUCUUCAGCUACUCCUCCACCCGUGAGAAAUGGCGGGCACGUGGGCACUGUCCAGAACCAGUCAACAAGUAGCACUAAUCAGCUCUCUGUUAAUCAGCCACAGAAUGCGGCAGGUCCCAGUCCCCAUUCAAUGAGGAGAGCUGUUAAAAAGCCUGCACCAGCCCCUCCCAAGCCAGCCAACCCACCGCCGGGGCAGCCAGGAAGCCAAAGUCCUGCCCCAGCUGCUCAGCCACCUUCUGUCUCUCCAAAACCUCCUGCUAGAAGUUCUUCUCCUCCUGCUCAACAUGCAAACCAAGGAGCAGCCCCGACCUCCACUUCCCAGGUUUCUGCACCUCGGAGAUAUUCCAGCAGCCUUUCCCCAAUACAAGCUCCCAGCCAUCCUCCCCCACAGCCCCCAACACAGGCUACUCCUCCACUGCAGCCCAAAUCAAACAGUCAAGCAUCUCCUCCUGCUGCACCCAGCAGUGAGCAUGGACCAGAGCAGCCCUGUUACACUCCUCCGCAGACUCCAACACCACCUGAUACACCCCCUCUAGGAAAACAUAAUGCUAGUUCCCCAUCGUCACAGCCACAGCCAUCUGCUCAAGAAACCUCCCAGUCUCACUCUCCACCUCAGAGUGGUACGCUGCCAAGGCCGCGGCCGGUACCAAAACCCAGAAAUAGACCUAGUGUUCCCCCUCCGCCUCAUCCUCCUUCUCAGCUGGCGGGAGAUGGUAUCAAUGCAAAUCCCACGCAAACAGCUUCCAAAAUAGUAACAGACUCUAAUUCCAGUAUUCAAGAACCACUUCAAAAUCCUUCUUCAGAGCUUCUUACCGAGACAGCAAGCAGAGAACUGCACAACCACCUCGUGCUUGAUAUUGACAAUGAUACGGAAAGCACUGCUCUGUAAUGGGAACUCCCAAACUUUUUAAAAGUUCCUCUCCUGGUGGGAAAACCAACAUACCUAACAGUGAAAAGCUUCUUUUGAUG